AGGACAUGAUCUCCCAGGUGGCCUUCGUGCAGCGGAGCCUGACCUCGGAGAAGGGGCCCGGCGAGUACUCCUACAACAUCAACGCCGACGAGCUCUUCCACGUGGACCUGGAGCUCAAGGACAUCGUCUGGCGGCUGCCCCGCUUCCGGGACCUCUCCACCUACCCAGCCGAGAGCGCCCUGCGCAACAUCGCCGUCCUCCGCUCCAACCUCGAGAUCCUCAUGCGCCGCUCCAACAACACCCCCGUCGAGAACGUCCCCCCGAAGGUGACGCUGUACCCGGAGAAGCCGGUGGAGCUGGGGGAGCCCAACGUGCUCGUAUGCCUGGCUGACGGCUUCCUGCCCCCUGUGAUCAGCCUGACCUGGGUGAAGAAUGGGCAGGAGGUGAAGGACACGGAGGAGACCGACUUCUACCCCAACAAGGACCACUCCUUCCGCAAGUUCUCCUACCUGACCUUUGUUCCCAACGCCGAGGACAUCUACUACUGCCGGGUGGAGCACUGGGGCCUGGCCCAGCCCCUCACCAAGGAGUGGAAUCCCAACAUGGCCGAGCCCCUCCCAGAGACGGCGGAGAGCGUGGUGUGUGGUCUGGGCCUGGUCGUGGGCGUCGUGGGCAUCAUCGUGGGCACCGUCUUCUUCAUAAAGGGCCGGCGGAACAACGAGGCCAACGUCCGCCGGAGGCCCAUGUAAUCGAGGGCAGAUGUCCCUUCAUAUCAAGAUCUGCGUCUGCCUCUUUCCCGACCCGCAUCCUUCGCUGCUCCUUCCGUGUCCCCAGUCGUUUCCAUUCCAGAUGCUCCAGGGUCUCUUCCCUAGAGAGGGUGUUGGGUGUUACAAGUCAAAACACUUCAGUAUUUACAGGGUUAAUGAUGUUUGUUAAGU